AUGGUUGAAUGUAGUUAUGAAAUACUUCACUUUCUGGGGAUUGAAGGCCCAAAAACCUCAGAUCCAAGCAAAUAUAUACGAUACAUUUAUAACCGUGUGCAUCUUGAGAAUGCAACUGUCCGUGCUGGUGCUGUGAGCACCCUAGCAAAAUUUGGUGCUAUGGUUGAUGCAUUGAAGCCUCGCAUAUUUGUUCUAUUAAGACGCUGUCUCUUUGACAAUGAUGAUGAGGUUCGUGACAGGGCUACACUCUAUCUCAAUACACUUGGUGGCGAUGGUGCAGUUGUUGAAACUGGUGAAGAUGUAAAGGAGUUUCUCUUUGGUUCACUAGAUAUACCUCUGGUGAACUUGGAGAACAGUUUGAAAAAUUAUGAACCAUCAGAGGAGUCUUUUGACGUUGAUUCUGUGCCAAAGGAGGUCAAGACUCAGCCACUUGCUGAGAAGAAAGCUCCAGGUAAAAAGCCAACUGGUCUUACUGCUCCUCCUAUUGGCCCGCCAUCAACUGUUGAAGCUUAUGAAAGGCUGCUUUCAUCCAUUCCUGAGUUUGCAAACUUUGGCAAGCUUUUCAAGUCCUCUGCACCUGUGGAGCUGACAGAAGCAGAAACAGAGUAUGCAGUUAAUGUUGUCAAACAUAUUUUUGAUGGUCAUGUUGUGUUUCAGUUCAACUGCACCAAUACCAUUCCAGAACAAUUAUUGGAGAAUGUCACUGUUAUUGUGGAUGCUUCAGAGGCUGAGGAAUUUGCUGAAGUAGCUACGAAGCCUUUAAGAUCACUUCCAUAUGAUUCACCUGGACAGACCUUUGUGGCAUUUGAGAAGCCAGAGGGGGUCCCUACUGUUGGAAAGUUUUCAAAUAUGCUGAGAUUCAUUGUAAAAGAGGUUGAUCCAAGUACUGGUGAGGCUGAGGAAGAUGGAGUGGAGGAUGAGUACCAACUGGAGGAUCUUGAAGUUGUCGCAGCUGAUUACAUGUUGAAGGUGGGCGUCUCUAAUUUCAGGAAUGCAUGGGAAAGCAUGGGUGCAGAUUGUGAGCGUGUAGAUGAAUAUGGCCUUGGCCCAAGGGAUAGCCUGGCUGAAGCUGUCAAUGCUGUCAUAAAUCUGCUUGGCAUGCAACCCUGUGAGGGCACGGAGGUUGUCCCUAGCAAUUCAAGGUCACACACUUGUCUACUAUCUGGUGUAUACAUUGGCAAUGUGAAGGUGCUUGUGAGGUUGCAAUUUGGAAUUGAUGGUCCGAAGGAUGUAGCAAUGAAACUUGCUGUUAGAUCUGAGGAUGAAGCUGUUAGUGAUGCCAUUCAUGAGAUUGUAGCUAGCGGCUAGGUUGUUAAUUGUUUGUUUUUGCCUACAGGCUUUUAUAAAUUUUUUGUGGUUUUAUAUGAGAUCAGAGGCAGAUGGCUGCAAAAUAGAUAAGCUUGUAGAAAGAAUUGCAUGGCCCUUAUUCUCGGUUCACUUGCAUUUGUCUGGUCAUCUGUUGAUCUGAAAAUAAUACUGUGUAUCAUGCAAGUCAGGCUCAUAGGAGGGAUUUAUUAUUUUUUAUUAUUUUUAAUUUCCAAAAUUCUUAUGUGGGAUUUAAGUAUAGGAUCCAUCAAGCUAUGCUUGGUUUUACAUUUAUGAAUUUUGAGGUGCGUUUUUUACUUGUCAGUUGGCAUAAAGAACGUUUGUUAAUUUUGUAGUAAUUAGCAUUCAAGGAAGUGGAAAUUUGAAGA